AACCUCAAAACUUCUAGUUUGGUCAAGUUUGGUGGAAUAUUUCAGAUAUAAAAAUACAAUACUCAGCAAAAGACAAAAAUGAGCGACAUUGAUUUUCCUAGUCCAAAAGGUGCAGAUUCCGAACUUCAGGAUUUCUUAAUACAAGAAAAACAAAAGGCACAGUUCCAAGCACAGAUACACGAAUUCAAUAGUUUCUGUUGGGACAAGUGUAUUGAAAAACCUGGAGCUAAGCUGGACUCUCGGACCGAAACAUGUAUCACAAACUGUGUGGAAAGAUUCAUUGAUACCUCACUAUUAAUAACAAAUAGAUUUGCACAGAUGCUAGAAAAGGGAGGCGGAAUGCAUUGAUGUCUAAAAUAUCUGAAACUUUCAGUUUCAGUUCAUAAAGUAAUACAAUGAGAACUAUAAAUUUAUAUUAGUGUAAUAGUAGAUUAGUAAAUUACUGUUGAUGAUUGACUGUUUCACUGUUAUUGUGUAAUAAUAAUAAUUUUGCAUACUUAGACUUAGGAAAUCUGAAUUUGAGCAUGUAAUUGUUGUUUGUAAUGCACAGGCCAUAAUACACAUCCGUGCUAGUCUGACGUAAUUAUCUAUUUCCCUCUAAUGCAUAUUGUACUUUGAUAGCUCCAAUACAAAAUUUAUGUGGAAAGAGCCUUUUAGUUCAAGCUUGAAUCUU